GCAGCAGCGGAGCGGGAGGUUCGCUUCCUGCGGAGGAGCCUCCCCGGGAGACCCGUUUCUUUGCCUCGGCCCGGUGUGGGGAGUGGGGUCCCGCCGCGGAAAUGGGGUGCUCUAGCAGCGCUCAGACCCAGGUCAAGGACUGCAGCCGGCCGGCUCCCAAGUCUCCGGACGCCAACGGGCUGCAGAAAUGCGAGGACAACUUGCCCAUCGCAGUCGAAAAUGAAACCGUUUCUGAUCAGACCAAACUUGGGGCAAUGGAAGAAGUGGAGCUGGGCUCGGAUGGAGCAAAACUAAGCAAGGGUGUUGCUGAAGAGGAAGCAGAUGUUAUGAUCCCUGGAAUGACCAACUGUGCCCUUUCUACCUGUCAAAGAGUCGACCCCGAAGGCACAGAGCCUCAACCAGUGGCGCCGGAAGAGAAGUUCAGCAACAGCUUGCCUGUUGCCCUUUUAGAAGCUGGUGAGCCUCGACCUGUGAAACCAGCCGAAGAGGUUGGUGAGCCUCAAGUAGCCACAGAAACUGCCAACAUUUUGCCUCCGGAAACUGUACAGGACAGUCAGCCUGAGCCUGUUGAAUCAGCAGAGACAGGCGCAGCUGAGCCUGCAACUGAGGAAAUUGUUAGGAGUCUUGUAACGGAAAUUGUGAAGGAGCUGCAAGUGGAUGAAGAACAACAGACUGAGGGUGAGACAGGAGAAAAGAAGGAAACUGAGAUGCACCGUGAUGCAGUAAGUGAGGGCUCUGAAACAAAAGAAGAAAUGGGAGAAGCUACGGCAGCAAGAGAGAUAGAAGCUACAAAUAAUGAAGAGUGACUCAUGGCUUCUGCCUGGACUUCAUCUUUGGCUGCUCAAAUAAUAUUAGCACUGUGAUUUUGGUAUAAUCUGGUUUUUAUAGAAGCGUGUAUGGACUUGUCACUUCUGAGCACUAGGGGAGAAACCAUUUUAAUGAUUUUAUUUUGGGAAGUCAAGUUGCCAAGACACUGAGGAAUUGCAAUGUGUUAACCUUUCAUGUUUGCCAUAGAUUGCCUUCUGUAAACUUCCAUUUAAGUGAAAUCAUGUGUUGCAAAUCAAGAACUUCAUCUACUGUAUUUCAGUUAAAAAUAAAUUGCUAGGGCAAAC